UCGGGGCCUUGACAGAUCUCCAGAGCUAGGCGCAAGGCAGGCACCCCCACCCCCACAAGCCACAGGAAGAUACUCCCCGUUCUCGGGGGAGUACUCUCUCUCACCAACUCCCGGAUUCCAUUUCGCGACACGCCGCCCGCGGCCGCGGCGCAUCAUUCCUUGCCAGCGGCCUACGCAAAUCCCAAAUCCCAAACCCCGCGCCGAUGGCCAGCCAGCUUGGCCCCAGACGCGCCGCUCUUAUACUACGCCGCCAGCCCGGGCAAGCCUUAAUCCAACAACACGCUUGUUGAUCUCCGUGUGCUGAUUCGCGUUUGCCUGCUUGCGGGCGGGGGUGGUGGGAGAAGAAGGUGGCUGGUGGCGGGGCGGAGAUGCUGGGGUCGGGGCUGAAUCUGGUCACUACGGUGAUCGGCUUCGGGAUGAGCGCCACCUUCAUCGUCUUUGUCUGCGCACGCCUCAUCUGCGGACGCGCCGUGCGGGCCGAGGCGGAGGCCGAGGCCGACGUGGUCUCGCUCGCCGCCGCCCGAGCCAUGGUAACGGGCGCGGCGCCGUUCGACUUCGACGUCGAGUUCCGGACCGCGGAUCUCGAUCGCACGAUUGAGCAUACGUGCAGUGGGUUGGAACCUUUUGUUGUUGCUGCAAUUCCUACAAUGAAAUAUAGCUCCGAGGCCUUCCAUUCAAAAGAUGAUGCCCAGUGCUCCAUAUGUCUAGGUGAAUACAAUGAGAGAGAGGUUCUGCGCAUCAUGCCUACGUGCCGUCAUAAUUUUCAUCUUUCCUGUAUAGAUAUGUGGUUACAGAAGCAAACGACUUGCCCAAUAUGCCGAAUCUCGUUGGACUUGCCCGGUGGAAAAACUAUUGCUUCCCCUGCCCGUAGCCCCCCUCAAUUAUUUGGCCACCCUGAGAGCUCCGUCAUUCGAUCACCCCAUUGGAUACUUCCUAUUCAUCGUGAUCGUACUGGAGGAAGAGAAAACAGGCAAACCUCACAAGAUUCAUUAGAAGUAGUCAUUGAAAUCCAACAUGAAAUGCGCUGAGCACUUGGACAUAGCGUGGACUAGAUACGUUGAUGAUGCUAUUGUUUCCUGUCGAGUUUGGAGGAAUUCUGCCAUUCGCAGAAAUCCUGUGCAUCGUUCCUGCAGCUAUAUUCUGGGCAUAGAAACGCAGGCAGUUUUAAUGCACGCAUGGUGUUUAAGCAUUCUUUGUACAUAACGGAUUGUAGAUUAGCAAGUUCCCUUUUUGCCACUCCGUGGCUCUUUGAAUGUUCGUUUUGGAUGUAUACUGGUUGUAUAUUUCGAAAGGUGCAGUAAUACUGAGCAGAUUCGGAGCUACGAAAACAUUUGUAGCUGCUCUGUUUAUCAAGA